AUGUAUGAAUGUGAUGAUGAGGAGGAGUUUGACAUUGCUAACAUCCUCCUCAUGUCUGCAUAUGUAAUAGAUGUAUGUGUUGCCGUAGCGACAAAGAAGGACCAGAUCAAUGUGCGUGAAAUUGUUGAAAUUGCUGCUGACUUUCUGAUCGACAAGAGUCUUGAAUUUAAUGAACCAUGGAGAAAGUUUGAUUGGAAUCAGAGAGAUGUCCUGAAAAAGAAGCUCGAAGAAUUUACUCUGAGUAAUGAAAAUGUGAAGUACAUCAAGAUCCUGGUUGCUGGAGAAAUCGGUGCAGGAAAGUCCAGCUUUAUAAACUCAGUCAAUAAUGUCUUUCAAGAACAGAUCACCUCCAUAGCACUAGUUAAUUCAUCUGCUGGGGGAAGUAAAAGUUUUACAACAAAGCUCAAACCAUCCCGCAUUAAAAGUGGAGACAAGUUCUUGCCCUAUGUCCUCACAGACAUAAUGGGCUUAGAAUCUAAAGUGUUGGCUGGGUCACAACCAGAGGACAUCAUCAAUGCUGUAUUUGGCCAUGUGAAGGAUGGCUAUAAAUUUGAUGAGUCGGAGCCAAUCGCUCAAGGGAAUGAACAUUACAUCAGUGACCCCAACCUCUCUGACCAGGCUUUCUGUCUGGUUUACGUCUUAGCUGCUACUAUAAUAUCAGUCAUGGAUGAGAAACUUAUUGACAAGUUGAAGAUCAUUCGCAGCAGAAUCAGUGAUAGAGAUAUUCCUCAAGUCAUUGUCAUGACCAAAAUAGAUGAAGCAUGUCCAGUGGUGAAGAAAAAUCUAAGAAAGGUGUAUCACAGCAAGAAGAUCAAAGAGAAGAUGCAGACGUGCAGUGACUUGAUUGGUGUACCAAUGUGCAACAUCUUCCCAGUGAAGAACUACCAUGAUGAGAUCGACACAAAUCCUGAUGUUGAUGUUCUGAUUCUGAAAGCACUGGAUCAGAUUGUUUAUCUUGCUCAUGAUCGACUUGAUAGCAGCAGUGAGUGGUGAGAGGAGAUAUUGCUCUUUUCUCUAUGUUAAAAUAAAAGAGCUAUUAAUGAUUAUAAUGAUUACUGUCUCACCAAUCUAAAAAUCAUAGAGUUUAUUCUAUGGGGAAAAUGAAUGUUUUUUUGUCCAACUAACUUCUGGGUUGGCCUACAAAAAUGUCAUCAAAACAACAUCUUCCCUCUCUAUUCAGAAAUGUGAGUUCCUGCAGGCACGUGUGAUAAACUAAAGACUGUGGCCCAGAUGUGGCAGACUUUGUGUACAUUUAAGGAAUCACUGCGUUUGAAAACUAUUUGUUUGUUUAACUUUAGUGAAAUGUGCUUUGAACACGUAAUGUUGACAAAAUAUACGUAAAUUAAAUUAUUCAAAAUCAGCUGUAUAAAAUCUGUAUCGCUAACCAUUCAGGGCUACUAACAGUAAACACAAACAUAACACUGAGAAUAUUCAUGUUCUUUCAGAAAAAUCUAAUAAAUAGAAAAAUAUCAAAUGUUACUUGAUUAAAUACACCAAACAUUUCUACUGUUAAUUAAAUUUUUUUCUUUCUGUUAAUAAAAUACACUUUUAUGCUAUAAUGGUUAUAUUGUUUAUUAACUAACAGAGUAAAACCACAUACACUAUAUUAAGAUUGAUUGAGUUGUGAAUAUUUGAGUCGAGGUGUAAAACAGCAGGGAAAACAGGUUCAUCCUAUAGCAACCGUAUAUAUACACUAUAUAUUCUUCUUCUGAGCUCUAGUCUUUGUCUGGUCUUGUGCUUUGUAUGCUGUGUAUUACCCUCAUCAUCGUUGUG